CUAUAAUCAUAGCUAAAAUCUUUUAAAACGUUUUACAUGUAACACAUUACAAAUACAAGUUUCAAAAUGGCGACAGAAAGUUAAUCAUCCAAGCGGAUAACCACCCACAUGGCAGAAUUAGAUGAGAGGAUGAGACGUUUGAUUUUACUUUUACUUUUACUGAUACAAACUGUGAUUCAUGGACUUGACAAUGUAUUUACAUUGCAUUGUCCUUUUCCUUCGCAAUGGUAUUUCCGAUCAAAAACAUUAUGUCAUAUAUCCGACGGAUACCAUUGUUUAUACGAUGCAAACAAAAAGCAGAACACAGAAGCUUGCAGGGACGGACCACAGUUUGAAGCUCCUGGAAAUAAACUGCAAAUAGUUGGAAGUUUAGAAGUUGUAAAAUGUACAAAUGAACGAUAUCAACCUUUUAUUUUCUGGACAAAUGGCAGUCACCUUUGCAAAUUUGAAAAAUCAUUUUGCACUGACGAAGGACAAGUGCUUUUUUCACAAGGUACAACUAAAAAAGAUAGUACGUGUAGAUGUGACUACACAAAAGGUUAUGACUUUGUAACUAAACCAAGAAAUACAUGCUUCUGUAUUCCAACUGAAGAAGACUGUUCUUGUUUCAUUAGGCAUUGUUCCAGUGGAUUGGUCCUUUCUCCAGAUUAUAAAUGCGUACCAGUGAUUAAGUUGCUUGAAAUCUCACAGUGUCCAAUAACAACUAGUAGCGCAGAAACUACUAAAAGACCUACCCUAUCCAUAGAUAAAAAAGACGACACACAUACUUACUACAAUGAUCAUGUCUUUAGAAUCCAUAAAGUUGUUCUUUUGGUGUUGCUUUUGCUGGUAACAGGUAUGGGCAUCAUUUACUUUUUAUACAUCUGUCAUGUCGGUAAAUCUACCAUCGAAAAGAAUAGUUGGAAAGAUCAUUUAAUGAAGUUUGUAACGACUCGUGCAUCACAGGAAAUUUUGAUUACGAUCACAAAAAAUCCUUGCGUUUUGAUAACAGGUCCUUUUGGAUCUGGAAAGACUACGAUUGCAUGUUACAUUUCUUCAAUGCUUGCAAAAGAAGGCUAUGAAACAAAUUUUGUUUCAAAUCCAGAGGAAAUUAUGAGACUUACUUACCGCAAUCGAAGACAACUUUUCAUAAUUGAUGAUGUAUUUGGAAAGUACUCGACAAAUAUAUCUGACAUAACUGAACGAUCGGAAAAGUACGGUUCAAGUAUAAAUGCAAUUUUAACUAAAUCUGGUACUGUGAAAGUUCUCAUAACUUCCAGAACAUACAUAUAUCAACUAAACUUCAUGAGUUUUGAAAAUUUGAAAACAGCUAUAUCCUUUAUUCAUAAAGAUCUUAUACCGGAAACUUCAGAAUUGGAUCUAGAAGAACGUAGAAAAAUGUAUAAGUCAUACUUUGAAUCGGACCCACCAAAAUCAAUUUCUGACGAUAUUUUGUCAUUGUACCAUUUUUACCCUGUUAUGUGUGCUUCCUAUAACAAAGACAAUGUUUUACAAUACUUCACACAUCCUGUAGACAUCAUAUCUGCUGAAAUUGAUAGCAUGCAACAAAAAUCAGAUAUUGGUUAUCUCGCUUUAGCCAUUCUUGUCGUCAUGGGUAAUAAAGUCGAAAUCAGCCACAUUUCUGGUUUGAGCUAUUCUGAGAGAACAGACUUCAUUCUUCGAGACAUUUUCAAUGAAUCUUGUUUCAAUCAUUACCCAUCAAUACAUAUGUUGUAUGUAACAUUUAAGUCAUUAAAUGGAGAUUUUAUCAAGAAUGGUGACACAUUCUUUUCCUUCGAUUGUCCUGAAUUGUUUGAAAUUGUCGCAAAAUGUAUUGGGGGAUCAUUCAUGCAAAGCAUUCUAAAAAACAGCAGCAGUGUAUUUAUCAAGGAGAGACUUCGGUUAUCUACAACAGAAGAAAAUAAUUGUUCCCAUACAAUAAGAGUACCACAUACCAUGAUAGAUGCAUUUUAUCAACGUCUUACGUCUGAUAUAAAUAAUAAUUUAAUUUUUGAUGUAUUAAGUAACAAAAUUUUCGAAUCGCAGUACUACAGGAAAACAUUUAUCGGGUACCUUAAUAAACACGUGAAGUCAAACACACUUGUUGACUCAUCAACUAGGUCAAACGUUCUUCAUAUUGUUUCAUCAUUUGGAUAUUCAGAUUUUUUAAAUCAUUUUUUGACACGAGAUAAAGGUCAAGGUGUCAAUAAAAAAAAUAUCAAUGGAAAAACACCCCUCCACUUAGCAUGUCAAAACGGACAUAUGAAUUGUGUUCAAUGUCUACUAAAUAAUACAGCUGUCGUGAAUGAUACGGAUUCAAAAAAAAGAACUGCACUUCAUUAUGCAUGUGAAGCCGGAAAUGAAAGCAUUGUUAAAUAUUUAAUUACAAAUAAUGCUUCCGUAAACAACAAGGACUUGGAAGGUAUGACACCCCUCCAUGUAGCUUGUGAAAAGGGACACCAGUAUGUAGUAAAGUUUCUUGUUGAAAAGAAAGUGAACAUAAACGAAGCAGACACAAAAGACAAAACACCGCUGCAUUAUGCAUGUGAACAUCGUUUUUGGAAUAUUGCUGAAGUUUUAAUUUUGAAUAAAGCGUAUGUGAACAAAUCUGAUGAACAAGGUUCUACUCCACUUCAUAUAGCCUGUGAAUAUGGGAAUGCGGGAGUAGUCAAACUAUUAGUGGAAUAUAAAGCAGUUACCAAUAGUAAAAAUAAAAAUGGACUAACACCACUCGAUAUCUCUUUAAAAAACGGAAUUGAAGCUGUAUCAAUAUGUUUAAGCCAGUUCGAGAAAAAUAAAUAAAUGGCACAAUCAUGUUAUUUUAUAAAGAUGUAUACUUGUAAUAUUUUAUUUUCAGCUGUCAUUGCAUUGCAUAAUUUAAUAAAGAGUUAGCAUAUAUUUCAA